UGACAGGUUAUAGGAAGUACACGUAUUCCCUCCCAGGCCACCUGGUUCCCCAGGUACAACCUGUCCCAGUCCCCGCCCUUCCCUCCGGCAAGCCCUGCCGCUGGACCCUAGAGACGGGAACAACUACGCUUGGGCCAUGGAAAAGACCCCUGCAUGGGAACCUGAGGCGAGGGGCUCUACCACGGGGUGGCCAGCACCCUGGGAGCCCAGGGCAGGCCCAUCACUGUCCUCAGUGCUCAGUGAGCUCCCCAGUGCAGCCACCCUUCGGUACCGAGGCCCUGGGGUGUUGCUUUGGGGGGCACUGGAAAAUGAGGAGGAUGAUGGAGAAAGGAGCAUCCAGGCCUUCGCGGAAGGCUUCCCAAAAGAGCUGCGGGACCCCCCUGCCUCCCGGGAGCUGCCCUGGCCCAUGCAGGCCAGACGGACACACAGGCAGAGCUACACCAGGGACCAAGUGGCCCAGGGCUCGGGGUCCAGAGCGGCACACCGGGCCCUGAUGCUUCGGAGGUCCAAGGAGAAGAUGUGGGAAGGCUUGCGCAGCUUGGAGCCCUGGGCAUGGACGCUGAAGAGAAUUGGGGGCCAGUUUGGAGCCGGCACCGAGUCCUACUUCUUGCUGCUGCGCUUCUUGCUGCUUCUCAACGUGCUGGCCUCCGUGCUAAAGGCCUGCAUGACGCUGCUGCCCGCCUGGCUGGACGGAGCUCCCCCGGGUCCCCCUGGCCCUGACCCCUCCUCACUCUGCGGCUCCUACAACCCCCACCCCCAGGGCCUGAUCACCUUCCCAUCCCAGGUCUUCAACCUGCUCUCGGGGGAGGGGUUUCUAGAAUGGUCCCCUCUCUUCUACGGGUUCUACCCUCCACGCCCGCGCCUGGCAGUCUCCUACCUGUGCUCUACCUUCGCCAUCGGUCUUCUGUCCCUGGUGCUCAUCCUGCAUCGCUCGGUGUCCGGACUGAAGCAGACAUUGCUGGCUGAGUCCGGCGUCCUGACCAGCUACAGCCACUGGGUGUUCUCUGCCUGGGACUUUGGCCUCAGCGGGGAUGUCCACGUGCGGCUGCGCCAACGCAUUAUCCUAUACGAGUUGCAGGUGGAGCUGGAGGAAGCAGUGGUGCGGCGCCGAGCUGCGGUGCGGACCCUAGGCCAGCAAGCCAGGGUGUGGUCAGUGCGGGUGUUGCUCAACCUGCUGGUGGUCACGCUCCUGGGGGCAGCCUUCUACGGCGUCUACUGGGCUACAGAGUCCACUGUGGAGCUGCAGGAGUGGCCCCCUGUCCAACAGAUGCCUCUGUUAAAGCUCGGGGUGGAUUACCUUCCGUCCAUAUUCAUCUCAGUGGUCAACUUUGUGCUGCCACCCAUGUUCAAGCUCAUUGCCCCACUGGAGGGCUACACCAGGAGCCGCCAGAUCAUAUUAAUCCUGCUCAGGACCGUGUUUCUCCGCCUGGCCUCCCUGUUGGUCCUGCUCCUCUCCCUCUGGAAUCAAAUCACCUGUGGGGGCAAUACGGAGGCUGGGGAGUGCAAAACCUGUGGCUACAACUACAAAGAACUUCCGUGCUGGGAGACUCGGCUGGGGCAGGAGAUGUACAGACUCCUGCUUUUUGAUCUGCUGACUGGUGUGGCUGUUAUGCUGCUCAUUCAGUUCCCUCUGAAACUGUUCUGUGGCUUCUGUCCCGGGACACUACGUCGCGUGGUGGGGACCCAGGAAUUCCAGGUGCCCGAUGAGGUUCUGGGGCUCAUCUACGCGCAGACGGUGGUCUGGGUGGGGAGCUUUUUCUGCCCUCUGCUGCCCUUACUCAACACAGCCAAGUUCCUACUGCUCUUCUAUUUGAAGAAGCUUGCCCUCUUCUCCGUCUGCUCUCCGGCCUCCCGCACCUUUCGGGCCUCCAUGGCAAAUUUCUUUUUCCCUCUGGUCCUUCUCCUCGGUCUGGCCAUCUCCGCGGUUCCUGUGCUUUAUAGCAUCUUCCUGAUCCCACCUUCUAAGCUGUGUGGUCCAUUCCGGGGACAGUCGUCCAUCUGGGCCCAGAUCCCUGAGUCUAUUUCCAGCCUCCCUCAGACCAUCCAGAACUUUAUCUUUUUCCUGGGGACCCAGGCGUUUGCUGUGCCCCUUCUGCUGAUCUCUAGCAUUCUGAUGGUGUAUACACUGACACUGGCUAACUCAUAUGGACGCCUCAUUUCUGAGCUCAAACAGCAGAUAGAGAUGGAGGCGCAGAAUAAAGUCUUCCUAGCACAGCGCGCUGUGGCGCUAAGCUCCGCCAACAGGGCUCUUUGACCUUCUCAGUCUGGCUCAGACUCUCACUUUCAGAUCCAGACCUGCCUAGACCACGUCAUCUGUGAAAUGAGAGAACUGGAGAAGAAUGUACUUCCUUCCAGCCUUGGGUUUCUGAGAUUUCCAGGGCUCUGAACACUCUGACUGUAAUGAACCUUAUUCUUGUAUCAAUAAACACAGCAGAGACUAC